AUGAGAAGCUCUGAACUAAAAGCAAAGUCCCAAGACGUUAAACGGCCCUUUCCUUCUGCAGGAGUGGUGUACAAGGCGGUGGCCGAGGACGAGGACCUGGGGCUGACGUGCCCGCUGGGGCCGGGGCUCAACACGCGCUGCCCUUGCGCCGCCGUGCACUACGUCAUCCUCGAGAGCGAGAACAAGGACAACAACAUCUUCGAGAUCCACGACUCCUCCGGCCAGAUGUUCCUGAAGGAGGGCGCGCAGCCCCGCCCGGGAGGACAGUACCAGGUGGAGAUCGUGGCGGCCAACGCGAACGAGAGCCACGACAGCCUGCACGUCCUGCAGAUGGACGUGCAGACCCUGACGGUGGUUGUCCGCAGCGACGACAAGCUCGAGGCCCUCCUGGAGAGCAAGGACCCGUUCGAGGCCGCGCCGCUCGGCACCAACGUCGACGGGAAAGCAAGAGAGUAUGAGCUGGACUACGGAGAAGGAACUGGGAGAGAAGACAAAGAAACGUGGAGGAACGAAGUAGAAGAAGGAACAGAAGCAAGAGCCGAAGGAUACGGGGGAUUCGAGGAGCCUCUGGAACAUGAACGCGAGGGCAGGGAUUCGCUGGAGCCGCAGACUCUGGUCAGGAGGAAGCGAGAGACCCCGGCCGACGACGGCGAUACGGGCGCCUCCGACCUCACGUUGAUCGAGAGGAACCCUCCAGGCGGCGACAUGAAGCCCGGCAUGAGCAUCGACUACGAGUUGGUGGUCGUCCUUCCCAGGCUCACCACGGCCAUCGAUCUGGUGAUCGAACUGUUCGUCAUGGACGCCGUGUCGGGCGUGACGCCCUUCGCGCUCUGCGACCCACGCAUCGACUCCAUCGGCAACAUGAUCCAGGACGAGACCGGUGCCGCCAUCGCGCCCGCCGACGUCACCAUCGACAAGACCAUCAACCAGGAGUUCGGCACCUUCUAUGACCACGCCGUGCUCAACUUCGGCAAAGUGAAGAACAUGGACACGUUCAACGCAGCGGCGACGGACAAGGAGCCGAGCACCAUCCGCGUCCUGUUCACGGCCAUCCUCAUCAAGAACACGGCUUACACCAACGAUACCGUCAUCGUCACCGCCGGCGCCGAGUACGACUCGGAGCGCUACGUGUGGGUCAGCCAGGCCACGCACAGCUACAUCAUGAACCCGCCUGAGACCUACAGCGACACCGUGUCCAUGUCGGGCCCGACGGAGAUCGCACAGUGGGCUGGCGGCACUUUCAGCAUCGACUCCAUCAUCACGACGCCCUUCGACACGUUCACCGUCGAGGUCUACUCGCCCAACGACAUUCACGACAAGUUCAGCGUGACGCAGGUGUUCCUGCGGGGCAAGGGUAGUGACUGGGCCUGCACGCUGCCGGAGUUCGACAAGACCACCUACUUCGAGAGCAUCACGGGCCUCACCAACCACCGCGCCACCUUCGAGACGAACCUCCUGCUCAUGAACCUCAGCUACGCCGACCUGGCCACCGAGGGCGCCAACGCGGCCGAGAACGAACUCAACUUCGGCUUCACUAUCUUCGUGCACGACGCCGAGGCCACGGAGACCUUCGAGGUGGGCGUGGGCGUCCUGAUCGGCACGACCAAGGUCUGGACGAACAACCACACGGUUACCGUCCUGGCGGGGAGCAGCACACCCGCGGGGGCGGCGCCGUCGAGCUUGACCGUGACGCCGCUGGUGACGGACGCGCAGUCGGGCGGGGCGGGCACGUUCGAGGUGCGCACCACCGUGCCCUCCGGAGGACUCCUCAUGGACUGCACCGUCACGGCGGGGGCGGGAGACACGGUGUGCGGCAUCUCGUACGGCGCCGUGGGCGGCAACAUCGCCUACCUGCCCAAGCUCGAGGACGUGGUUGUGUACCUGGGCGCGACAGCGACCUUUUCCUUCUACGUGAACACUACCGGAUCGGUCGUGGGUACUGACGACCUGGUGCUGGAGGUGUCGUUCGCGUACGCCGCGGCGCCGCAGGACGGCUCCAUCGACUGCUCGGGCGUCACGGGGACACUUGGCGGCCUCGCCACCGCGACUCCCGGCACGCAGGACAUGACUGGGACGGCAGCGCCGGUGCCCAAUGACCUGACCUGGUAUGAGGGCGGGCAGGCCGGCCUCGAGCUCAAGCUGACCUUUCCGGCCGGCGGCGUGCCCUACCAGACCCUGCUCCUGGAGGCGGCCGGCGACCUGGACGUGACGGGCUGGGGCGCCAGGAUCUGCCGCGCCGAGGUCGUGUCCGCGGGCGCCGGGUUGCCCUGCAUCCAGGGCAGCAGGGGGGUCAUCAACGAUGGAUUUCUGCUGCAGAAAGCGUGAGCGGAGGGUCCGGUUGAGUGGUUGGCUGCCUGGCCGUGGGCUUUGGGGCACGUGGGCGGCUGCAGAGGGAGACGGGGCCACGGCAGAGAUCCGUCAGUUAUUUCGGUUAUGACGCCCCGACCGUAAUGCCUAUUGCCCUGUGCCUCUUAACUUUACGUGUUCUAUUUUCAGUAAAAUCAGAGAAAAAAGCAAGGCUGCUUGCCCCCCACCCCCGCCUCCCUCUGCCAGCUGCACGCAAGCACCUUUAUGAAGGCCUUUCCCCUCCUUGUUUCCUUCUCAGAACCCGCAA